ACAACACAUAAAACCAGUACAAGUUCUGCAUAAUUUACAAGCUCUGUGUCAAGCAAUAAAAAGUAUUUUUAAUCUUCAGAUCUUCAUGGAGAACUUAUGGAACCUGAUAGUUUUUGCAAACUCGCAUUAUUUCCUGGUUCGGUGAAGGAGUCCUAAAAAGUCACACCCACAAAAACAUUUGCUUGUCCCAGCUGCUGCCACACAUGAAUCUCGCCACCAGUUUGUCCGGUUUCCAGGUCCCAGUUCCGAGGCUGAUGAAAUGCAGCAGAAGAUGUUGGUGGUCUUUGGGAUCCUCCUGCACGUGUCCCUUCAUAGCCAAGCUGCAGUCCUGGAGGUGUAUGAGGGGGCGGAGUCUGUCCUGCUGCCCUGCUUUUAUGGAGGAAUAAUUCCUGAAGAAGAUCCAUCAGUUGUAUGGACUCGUAAUGAUGGCAACCUCAACGUUUUCCUCCUGCGACAAGGAGGAGAUGACCCCAGAGGACAAAACCAGAUCUACAGAGGAAGGACAUCAAUGAGUCCUGAUGCUCUGGAAACUGGUGACUACAGCCUCACUUUUAGAAACCCUCAACUGUCUGACAGUGGAAACUACAUCUGCAGCAUCAGUGAUGGAAUAAAGGAGUUAAAACUGACCGAGGUUCAGCUGAAUGUCAAAGAUGUUCAAGUGGAGGUGGAGGUGAAUAAAGAAGCAGAGUUUGUCGUCCUGCCCUGCAAAACAUCUGCUAAUUUGCCAAAGGACACCACAGUGGAGUGGACCCGAUCAGAACCAGAAUUUAUGUUUGUUCAUAUGUAUCCAAACACAAGCAAGCGGCACACAGAACAGGAUGACCUUUAUCGUGGCCGUACUAGAAUGAAUGAAGAGCUGCUGAGAACUGGAGACCUCAGCCUGACCCUGAGGUUCCCCUCAGACGGAGACAUUGGACGGUACAUCUGCACCGUCUACAGAGACAAGGACAUCUUGAGACAGAGAGUGGUUCUGCAGCAAGUUUACCCAAAACCUCCGGAUUCAGGUAAAAUGUCAGAUCUGCAGGGUCAGAAUUCAAAGUUUUAG